GGUUUCUAAGUCACAUGAUUUCUUCCUCAGGUUUAGAGUUCCUUUUUAUAGAAAAUUACGAUGUGAUUAUGCCAACAAAACAGCUAGAAGAGACUUGGGACACUGGGCGACUUCGUAUGAUUGUUACUUUGCCAACAGUGUGAUCAGCGAUAGCUAUUUUUGAGUGCAGGCCAGAGAUAAUGAUAAUCUUUCAUUUCGGAAAGGGGUGCUUUAAUUUUUAAGCUUUUGCGUUCUAAUCUACCUGAUAACAGCGCACGCUGUCUCCGAGAAAUGUUCGAAAAGCUCUCUUUUAAUCUGGAUGUUUUAUAUACAUAUGUAUGUAAGUAUGUACUUCGUUAUCUUGGGGGUCGGUCAGGUUCGCAAAUAUAAGUUUAUUAAAUUAGCGAUAAGGUUUCGGCCGGUUUGAAUGACAAUUGUGCUUGAGUUACUAGUGUUGGGUGGUUAAAUGAACCUAUAGAUGCUUCUAUAUGCAGAGGUAUUUUAUAGCACCCUACGGGGCUCAGUGUGACAUGAAAAUUUAAUAGAUUUCGCAAAGCUCUCGGGCGCUUUGCUGUAGCUGCUAAGUUUGUAUCUCUAGAAGCUUUUUGAUUGCGUCGAAAGAAAUCCACUAGUUUGUUAGUUGGUACGCUUCUUAUCAGUCCAAUACUCACGAGCGCACUUCACUUUCAAAACAGAUAACAAGAACCGGUACUUGUAAUGAUGAAAUUAAACUUCCACAACGAGCAUCAAAUCAGCUCUUAAACGCUCGUAUGCAAGCGUAGAAAACUCAGUUCAACUCCAACAGUUAAGCGAGCGCGAUGGUUGAGAAGGUGAUUUUAGCCUAUUCCGGUGGUUUGGAUACCAGCUGUAUUCUGAAAUGGCUGCUGGACAAGAGCUACGAGGUGAUCUGCUUGAUGGCCGAUGUCGGACAGAAGGAAGACUUUGAGGCAGCGCGUCAGAAGGCCUUAAAAAUAGGUGCUUCAGAGGUGAUUGUCACCGAUGUAAAGGAAAACUUCGUUGAGCACUACAUCUGGCCAGCCAUACAAAUGGGUUUGAUCUACGAGGAACGCUAUCUGUUAGGCACAUCUCUUGCACGUCCCUGCAUCUCCGUCGCGCUGGUCGAGGCGGCUAAGAAGUAUGGCGCUAAGUAUAUUGCACACGGCGCCACCGGCAAGGGUAACGAUCAAGUGCGUUUUGAGUUGAACGCGUAUGCGCUGCUACCACACAUUAAGAUCAUCGCUCCAUGGCGUGAUGAUGAAUUUUGCAAACGCUUUCAAGGUCGCUUGGAUCUCAUCGAAUACGCCAAGAAACAUGGCAUACCAGUAAGUGCAAAACCCGCUGCCCCAUGGAGCACAGAUGCCAACAUUCUGCACAUCAGCUACGAGUCAGGUGUUUUGGAGGAUCCCUUCCACGUUGCACCCGAAUCUCUAUACGAAAUGACCGUCGAUCCCAUCACCAAAGCACCAAAGGCACCUAAACGCCUCUCCGUGCACUUCAUCAGCGGUCUACCUACUCGCGUAGUUGAUCAGGCGACAGGCAAAGAGUACACAAAACCUUUCGAAAUACUACAGUUCUUGAAUGAGGUAGGCGGUGGCUACGGCAUCGGCCGUAUUGAUAUCGUAGAGAAUCGUUUUGUGGGUCUUAAGUCCCGUGGCGUCUACGAGACCCCUGGCGGUAAUAUACUCUUCACCGCACAUCAAGAUUUGGAGGUGUUCUGCCUAGAUCGUGAGGUCCUACGCACCAAACAGGUUUUACGCAAUCGCAUGGCCGAUUAUGUCUACAAUGGUUUCUGGUUCAGUCCGGAGGCACAAUAUGCACGUCGUUGCCUUGAGAUUUCACAGGAGCAUGUAAGCGGUGAAGUAGUGAUUGAACUGGCGCCAGGUUAUGCGCGCGCUAUUGCCCGCAAAUCGGCCAAGGCGUCGGGCGGUUUGUACAACGAAGAGCUGGUCUCAAUGGAUGUACAUGGCGGUUAUGUGGCGAACGAUGCGAGCGGUUUCAUUGCCAUCAAUUCUGUACGCAUCAGGGAGCAUGUACGCGCUUUUGGCGAUUACGAGCUGCAUUGAGGUGAAAGUUGUGGGAAUUGUGAAAUGGACGUCUUUGCAAUAAAACUACUUAAAAAAAAAACCUGAAA